AAGUUCCGUUGUUUCUGGUUUAGUCCAAUCAACAGUAGGAAUAAAUUGGGGGUGGCUUCAAAUCACAGGUCCAAAUGUGUCGUUUAAGAAAAUAUUUUAUUGUCAGUGCGCAAAUUAGUUUUCCCAGCCAACACACCUUUCUACCUGUAAUCGUGAUCGUCAUCUCGUGCUGGAAUGUAUCCUGGUGAGCGCGCGUCUGAUGUGUGCCGUGUGAGUGGGUGGUGCUAGUAAUAUGAGGCGUGUUUGAUUGUAUGCGGCGCUGCGCAGACCAAUCUGUUUAUGACAUCAAAGUCCCGCGAGAGCAAAGCGCAAAUGUAAUUUCGAAUCCCUCUCGUGGUGCUUUGCUGUAAUUCCUGCGCAGAGCGCCAUGAAGUCGAACACGCCUAUUUUGUAUGCCGGCGGCAGUCCGAGCAUUAAAAAAAAAACUCUCACGAAACUUACCUGAAGAAUAAUUUUCCCUCAAAGAAGCAAAGAACACGCGCAGCUGUUAGAAUCUGCACAGAUCGACAUGAAAAAAUUUGAUAAAGAAAAUGAAGGGGGAGGUGGAGCAGAGAGAAAAUCACAAAAAGAUCAGAGCUGGAUCCCAAAGAUGUUUAAAAAGAGAGUGUGCACCACCUUUUUGGAGGAUUCCUCUAGUCAUGAGUCUUUGUGUCAGUGUGGUGCAGCAAAAGAACUUCAUUUCAGUGUAACGACAGGUGAUGGUUUGGGCAGCAUGUGGGACAGUUUGCAGCACACAUCUGAAUACCCCACUGAUGCGUUCGGAGAGGUGGAGUUUGCUGGAGCAGGACGCCGACACAAACCAUUUUUGCGUUUGUCACAUGAAACACCGCCUGACCAUGUGUACUCGCUUAUGACAACACAAUGGGGCCUCCCAGUACCAAAUCUAGUGGUGUCCUUGGUUGGGGGAGAGGGAAAAGAGAAGACGAAGCCCUGGGUACGAGAGAUGAUCAGACAGGGCCUCGUCCGGGCCGCACAAGGCACAGGGGCUUGGAUCAUGACGGCAGGUUUGAAGGAGGGAAUAAGUCGCUGUGUAGGGGAGGCAGUACGGGAUCAUUGUGCAACAGUUUCAUCGCUCUCCCAGGCCAAAGUUAUAGCUGUGGGUGUCGCGCCCUGGGGCUCGAUUCACAAACGCCAGCAACUCAUAAAUCCACAGGGCAGUUUUCCAGCUCGAUACUAUGCACAUAACAUGCCGGAUGAAUCCAGCUGCCUGGAUAAUAACCACCAGGCCUUCCUCUUAGUGGAUGAUGGAAGUGUAGGUCACAGAGGGUGUGAGACGCAGUUCAGGGCCAACCUUGAAGACUUCAUAUCCCAUCAGCGCACUGGCAUCUGGGGAAGCAUCGAGAUUCCUGUUUUGUGCUUGCUAAUCGCAGGAGAUGCUGCAAUGCUAGAGAGAGUGGAUUCAUCUCUGAAAAAUACCACUCCAUGGCUGAUCCUGGCGGGUUCGGGCCCAGCAGCAGACCUGAUAGCUGGCAUAUUGCGGGACCUCAACACACCCACGACUCCACCCACGAGUCCCACCUUGCCAUCUCCUGACCAACAGUCCAGCACAAGCAACAAUGCUGAGAUAACGAAUCGAGUGAGAGAGAGAAUCAAAAAACAGUUCCCUUUUGAGAAUGAUCUGGAUAAACUUGUGGAUCUGGCACUCAGUAUCUGUGAAAACAAAGAUCUAAUCACUGUGUUUCAUGGAGACAAGGAAGGACUAGACGACUUUGACACAAUUAUCCUUAAAGCUCUUGUAAGAGCUGCUAAAAAAGACUCAAAUGAUGCUAGUGAGUACACAGAAGAACUAAAGCUGGCUGUGGCCUGGAAUAGAGUGGACAUUGCCAAAAGCGAACUGUUUAACAGUGACAUCCAGUGGAGGUUUGAGGACCUGGAGGAAUCAAUGACUGAUGCUCUGGUGAAUGACAAACCUCAGUUUGUUCGACUAUUUGUAGAAAGUGGGCUGAACAUUCUGGACUAUCUGACGUACCAUCGUUUAGAAAAUCUGUACAGCUCAUUGUCUGACUCCACUUUAAUCUACUCGUUCCUCCAGAGGAGACUGCAUGAGCGAGUGGGUUUAGCUGAAUCUCAAAACAGAUUAUCUCUCCAACCUAAUGAUAAUUUACCUUUUAAACACCACAUGAACACCCACAUUCCUCCUGCUAUACAAGAACUCACCCUAUAUGAGGUUUCACGGAUGUUAUCUGAGAUCAUGGACGAUGUGUGUCAGCCAUUUUACUAUGAACCUCUGCGUCUGGAUCCAAAAGUGACCUCAAAGAAAGCAAUGAAGCAUGUGAAUAAGAUGCUGCUAGAGGAGAGUCCUCCUCCUUACCGAAAGCAGCGUUGUACAAGUCCCUGGGUCGCUCUCUUCACUUGGGCCGUCCUGCAGAAUCGCAGAGAAAUGUCCAUUUACUUCUGGGAAAUGUCGGGAGAGUCAGUUCUAAGUGCUCUUGCCGGGUGUAAGAUAUUAAGAGAGCUCUCAAAAUUGGAGACGGAGACUGAGGAAAAACAGUCCAUGAAGGAACUGGCUCAGACCUUUGAGAAACUAGCACAUGAUGUGUAUAGUGAAUGUUACCAGAAUAGCGAAAACCACUCUUUUAAGCUUCUCAUCAGACAGUCACUUGUAUGGGGUGAGGCCACCUGCCUGCAGAUGGCUACAUCAGCUGAUGCCCGCCUCUUUUUCAGCCAUGAUGGAGUGCAGACUUUAUUGUCCCAGAUUUGGUGGGGCGCCAUGGAUAGCAAGACAGAGGUGUGGAAAUUGGUUGUUGCAUUUUUUAUGCCUCCCCUCAUCUAUUCCGACCUCAUUAAUUUCAGAGUGGAGGAGAAAGCAGAAAACCAAGAGGAUUAUCAACAGGGUAAAGAAUUCGACAGUGUGGAGGGAGUAGAGUCCAUGGCUGAGAUCUUGAACACAGAAGACGACUUGGAGGAAUGUAUUGCUUUAAGAGAAAUCCCUGAAGCAGGGUCAAAAGCUUACCCCCCCAAACGGCCUUUUAUGAUUAGUCGAUGGAGGCAGUUCUGGUUUGCGCCCGUCACUUCGUUUCUAGGCAAUGUGUUGAUGUACUUCCUUUUCCUCUUCCUAUUCGCUUACGUCCUAUUGGUUGACUUCAAGCCUCCACCUCCAAUAGGACCCUCUCCUGUGGAGUUUGUGUUGUAUUUCUGGGUUUUCACUCUGGUCUGUGAGGAACUUCGACAGACUUUCUUUGUAGGAACCACAACUAUUCUUCAGAGAAUGAAGCUGUACAUCCAAGACAUCUGGAACAAGUGUGAUCUCACAGCCAUCCUACUCUUUCUUCUUGGUCUUAUCUGCAGGAUGUUUCCAUUGUCGUAUGAUUUUGGUCGUUCAGUACUGUGUCUGGACUACAUGGUGUUCACUCUCAGACUCAUUCAUAUAUUUGCCGUCCACAAACAGCUCGGUCCGAAAAUCAUCAUAGUUGGCAAAAUGGUGAAAGAUGUGUUUUUUUUCCUGUUCUUCCUGGGGGUGUGGCUUAUGGCAUAUGGAGUAGCCAAUCAAGCAUUGCUAUACUCCUAUGAUUCCCGCCCUGGUUGGAUAACUCGGCGAGUGUUUUACAGGCCAUACAUGCACAUAUAUGGGCAGAUACCUUUGGAUGAAAUAGAUGCUGACAAGCGAGCUGAGAAAGAAUGCACUGACAAUGUCACUCUUAUCCAUGGAGGGGCGGAGCCUUGUCCACAGUCUGAAGCUAAUUGGCUGGUCCUUAUUCUGCUGUCAGUAUAUUUGCUGGUCACAAAUAUCCUGUUGGUGAACCUGCUUAUUGCCAUGUUCAGUUACACAUUCAAUAAGGUUCAGGAGCACAGUGAUGUACACUGGAAGUUUCAGCGCUAUAACCUUAUCGUAGAGUAUCACUCACGGCCCUGCCUCGCCCCGCCCUUCAUCAUCAUCUCUCACCUGCAUAUCUUCAUCAAGAGAGUCAUCCAAGAACGUCCUUCUGUUAAGAUCCAACACUUCGUGUUGAAUAUAAAAGGCAAACAGGCCAGUUGGCUGAAUACGUGGGAGUCCAUGCUGAAAGAGAACCUGCUAUCCGUGGAGGGCAAGAAACUAAGAGAGAGUGACACAGAACGGCUCAAACGCACAUCUACAAAGGUGGACAGCGUACUGAAGCAAAUGGUGGAGAUCCGUGAUCAUGAUCGAAGGUUAAAAAAGCUGGAGACAGAGGUGGAGUAUUGCUCUACUGCCCUCUCCUGGAUCGUGGAGGCACUGUCUCGGAGUGAUCUAGUAAAGCACACACCUUCACCCCCACCGCCACCUCCUUCCAAAGGCAUACCCUUGAAAAGUCCAACUUCUCGCAGAUGAAAACCAAUAAGCAGACGUGUGCAAUAUUGUGGAAUUAAUCAAAAUAUAUAUACAAUGAAUUUAAAUUCUUUAUGUUUUUUGGUUCCAACUUUGAAACAUUUCAUCAGAACAUGGAUGUAUUUAUUGUUCAGAAAACAAUCCUUGUAAAGUAGCUAAGUUCUAAAUCAUCUAAUAUAUAUUUUAUAAUAUAUUAUUUCUGAAACAAUUGACAGGUAAUAUAGGCUACUGUAUAACAGGGUGGUAAAAUGUAUUUUUAUUUUGUAUUAUCUUCUUGCAAAUAAGUGACAAAUAUAUAUGGGUUUAACAGUGCAAAAAUAAACUUUGUUAGAACAUUUAUUUUAGUUAUAUGGGGCAACACUUCGUAGAAAUUUUCCUACAUUGGAUCAUACAAUCUUUUUUUAAAGGCCAUAUACGUGAUUCAUGGAACGAAUGUUUAUAGAGAAAAAGUACGUACGCCUCACUUUCAGAUGUGAAAUUUAUAAAUCGCAAUGAUCUUGAAAUUGUGCGCAGCUGAACAGUUUCAGAUUUCCGCCUUUAAAUUUAAAUAUAAAAGACCACCUGACAAUGUUUAAAUCGUUUUUGAGCAGCAAGAAUGUCUGUUAUUUGCAAAACCUGCAGCAAUUGGACAAGCAAAAGUGCGUACGUCUGCUCAGCCCCUGACAUGGUGCUAAACACAUUCCUACUUCAUAUAUGAACGUUGCCGUGGAUUUUUGCGUACGCACACUUUACGAUCAAAUCUACGUGUACGAACACUUUAUAAAUUAGGCCCCUGAUCUAAAAAUGUACUCUACUGAAAAUCCUCUUUAAUUUAUUUUAUAUUUUAAAUAAAAUUUUAUUACUGAAGUAGUACAACAUACUAACAACAGCCUACCAAAUUUAUAAUUUUUUAAAAUGUUUCCUUUUAAUACAGGUAUCGGUUUUAUGGUAAAAAAAUAUAAAUUAUGUUUCCUGAUUAAUUUGUUUAUUUGUUUGUGUGUUUUAUUAUGAUCUGUAUGUGCGUACAAAUAGUCAUUGCAUCAUGGAAAUCAAAGCAUUUUUUGUAAUAUUAACUUAUUAAAAACUUUUGUAAGAUUUUCAGAAGACAGCU